UUUGCAAAGUAAAAUUUUUCCUACCAGGAAAUGUUUUUCUGAUGUUUCUGAAUCAGGUGUCUGACAUUUCCUGGUUCAUUAUGUAAAUAGAUUCCAUAAAACGAGUUUCCAUGUUUCCAACAGUGAACAGAGUGAAUAAGGAGUGACUGUAUAAAGUCUCCUGUCUGAUGAUCUUUGUUUAGCAGAACCGAUUCGUUCAUCAUGUUGCUCUUUGUGCUGCUGGUGAUGAUGAUGGUCAGCUGGACAGAAGCUGGUUAUACUGGUGGUGUGAUUACCCACACCACUAAAGUUGUACAAGGAAACAUUUUUACAUCUGUUCAUCGCUAUAAGUUUGGCUACAGCUCAUGUGGAGAACUUGAGACAUGGUUUUGUUCUGGCUGUACAAAGAAGAUUGAUGAAAGCAGCGGUGAAUGGUGUCUGAGAGAGUACACCGAGUGGUCUGGCAGUAGGAUUUUCUACAAUUACUACCAUGGAGGAUGGGGUCUAACCUGGAUAAAUAACAGAAACGGUGUUUCAUCUGGCCGCAUUGCGAUAUUUGUUGAAGAGAGAAAUCGAUCUGACAUUAACAGACCAAACUCAUCACCACAGACCGACAUCCUUCCUGUUAUGAGAGUUCCCUCAAACUGUCAGAGAAAUAUCAGCUUGUUGACCUUUGACCCUGAUGGAGACCAUGUUGAAUGCAGACAUGGAUCAGGUUACUAUGAAUGCUCCACCUGCACACCUCCGUCUGUCCUCAGUCUCUCAUCAUCUUGUUCUCUUUCAUUCAGUCCAACCAACAGCAGCAAUGAAGGUUCAUAUGCAGUUCAGCUGGUGAUGGAGGAUUUUCCCAGACAGACAAUCAAUCUGACUCAUAACGAUGGUUCUAUAGUGUCGAUAAGCACCAGCAGUUCGAUGAGCAGAAUCCCUGUCCAGUUUGUUUUCAAAGUGGAUCCUGCAGCUCCGUCCUGCACAGCAGGUGAAUAUCUGCCCAGGUUUCUGCCUCCAACUCCUGAACAUGGAGCUCAGUUCUUCAUAGACAUCAAUGAGAUGAUAGAAAUCAACAUCAGAGCAGAGGCGACUCAGUCUGUGAUCACUGAGCUCCUGUUCAGCGGACCGAUCAACAUGGUCAAGAAUUCAUCUGGUUCAGGAAAUUUCACCCUGAGAUGGACGCCGUCUGACAUUGAUGAUGAUGAAAGCCAUCCCAUCUGUUUUGUUGUCCAGGCAAAUGCCUCCAGUUCUGCCUACCAGUCUGAGCUGCGAUGUGUCAUUGUGACGGUUGGAUACGAUGUGACAUCUAAAACUGUUGUUGCAACGACCGUCCCUUUAACAACUACAAGUCCUCCUCCUAUAACAUCAACAGCUAUGAAUGCAACAACCGUCCCUUUGACAACUACUAGUCCUCUCAACGCAUCAACAGCUAUGAAUGCAACAACGGUCCCUUUGACAACUACUAGUCCUCUCAACGCAUCAACAGCUAUGAAUGCAACAACCGUCCCUUUGACAACUACUAGUCCUCUCAACGCAUCAACAGCUAUAAAUGCAACAACCGUCCCUUUGACAACUACUAGUCCUCUCAACGCAUCAACAGCUAUGAAUGCAACAACCGUCCCUUUGACAACUACUAGUCCUCUCAACGCAUCAACAGCUAUGAAUGCAACAACUGUCCCUUUGACAACUACUAGUCCUCUCAACACAUCAACAGCUAUGAAUGCAACAACCGUCCCUUUGACAACUACUAGUCCUCUCAACACAUCAACAGCUAUGAAUGCAACAACUGUCCCUUUGACAACUACCAGUCCUCUCAACGCAUCAACAGCUUUGAAUGCAACAACCGUCCCUUUGACAACUACUAGUCCUCUCAACACAUCAACAAAUUUGAAUUUAACAACUGUUGUUGCAACGACUGUUCUUCUGACAUCUCCAAAUCCUCCUCCUAAAACAUCUCAUCUUACGGUUCUGAAGAUGAAGAUCUCCACUACGCUGUCACUGAAAGAGAAUAAAGAUGAAAUUGAGAAAGCGAUUAAAGAUGAACUGAUCAGACGAGGGCUGCCUCCAGACAUCAAGGUCCGCCUGCUGAGCGACGGUUCAGUCCAGGUUAAAGAAACAGCUGCCCCCUAGUGGCUAACAAUGAGAAUGAAUCUGAUCCAUGCAGUAAAAUAUUUCUGGGUUUAUCUGUUUUUACUUCUUGUAAAACCAAAGCAAUAUAUUUGUAUUAGAAUUGCUUUAAUGAUAAAUUAGAGAAGCUAAAGAGGUUAUAGAUGUGAUUUUGACAAUGAACUUGAAAUGAUGUAAAAUGUGUAACUGCACUGAUGUUGUGUUGGAGGCCCCACGGCGGUGGAACAGUAAACCUUUGCAACUCCGUUUUGACUCUGUGGAGGUUUUUAAAAAACAAUUGAAAACAUUUUUAUUU